AUGAGGUGGCUUCUUUCUUUCUUGCUUCUGGGCUUCUGGGGCGCCGUACAUGCAUUGAGCAGUUCGGGCAGCCGCUUGCUGGUCAUACUCGAGGAGGAUAAGAGCCUCUAUUCCACAUUCUGGGAAGACCUGGAAGCGCGAGGCUAUUCGAUCACUUUCGAGUCGCCGAAGAACGAGAAGCUCUCUUUAUUCCACCUUGGAGAGAAAGCUUACGACCAUCUGCUCAUUCUCCCUCCUAAGUCGAAAGGUCUUGGGCCCGCAUUGACGCCGAAGGUGUUACUCGACUUCAUCAACAAUGAGGGCAAUAUUCUCCUGGCGCUCUCCGGCAAGUCUUCGGUACCAAGCGCCGUCAGCUCUCUCCUCCUUGAACUUGAUAUCCAUCUCUCUCCUGACCGCUCCUCCGUGGUGGUGGAUCACCUCAACUACGACACCCUUUCCGCGGCCGAUAAGCACGAUGUCCUCCUCCUCCCUCGACCAGGUGUCUUGAGACCGGAUGUGAAGUCCUUCUUUUCCGGAGAUGGCAUUGUGGCUAUUCCCAGGCCAGUCGGACAGUCCUUGGGCAAUGACAGUCCCCUUCUCGCUCCUAUUCUGCGAGCUCCUGAAACGGCAUACAGUUACAACCCCAAGGAUGAUGCAGUCACUGUGGAAGACAGCUUCGCGACAGGCUCGCAGCUGGCAUUGGUUUCGACCCUCCAGGCAAGGAACUCGGCUCGUUUUACCGUCCUCGGUUCUGCGGAGAGUUUGGAAGACAAGUGGUUUGAUGCAACUGUCAAGGGACCAGCCGACAAGAAGCAGACAACGACCGUCAAUCGGGACUUCGCCAAGCAGCUCAGUGCUUGGACCUUUAAAGAGACGGGAGUGCUCAAGAUAGGGAAGAUCGAACAUUACCUCAGCGACAAGGAGGGCGCCAUUAUCGGCGAAUUGAAUCCGACCAUGUACCGGGUUAAGAAUGACAUUACGUUCAACAUCGAACUCUCCGAGUACGACUUCGAUCGGUUUGUGCCUUUCGAAGUUCCCUCUGAGGAUGCUUUGCAGCUGGAGUUCACCAUGCUUUCUCCAUUCCACCGUCUCAAUCUCCUGCCGAAACUCCGCACGGAGAAUAGCACCGUCUACGGUGUCACUUUUACUAUCCCUGAUCAGCAUGGCAUUUUCUCUUUCCGCAUCAAUUAUAGACGUCCAUUCCUCACCAAUAUCGAGGAGAAGCACGAGAUCACCGUCCGCCACAUUGCACACAACGAGUACCCACGGAGCUGGAAGAUCACCGGCGGCUGGGUCUGGAUUGCUGGUCUCUGGACUGUUAUCGCGGGAUUCCUCGCGUUUGUAAUUGUUUGGCUGUACUCUGAACCCUCUUCGGCAGCGGACGCGAAGAUUAAAAAGACCCAGUGA